AACUUGUUGCCAUGGCGGAUGUCGACCGAGUGGUGUGCAAAAUCCAGGGAUUUGAUGCUGAAACACAGAAUCUUCUCAAGACAGCGCUGAAAGAACCAGACAGCGUGGACUUGGACAAAGUGGCAAAUGUAAUAGUGGAACAGUCUCUGAGAGAUGCCACGUUCAGCAGAGAAGCUGGGAAGAUGUGCUAUACAAUCAUCCAGGCUGAAAGUAAGAAGACAGGCCGUAAUGUAUUCCGUAGCGGCCUUCUGAUUCGGCUUCAGAACGAGUAUCUGAAUCGGGAAGAAAUGAAAGCUCGAUCGGUUCAGGAGUGGGUGUGUUACGUGACUUUCAUCUGCAAUGUCUUUGACUAUCUAAGGGUAAAUAAUAUGCCAAUGUUGGCUUUGGUCAAUCCUGUGUAUGAUUGCUUAUUCCAACUUGCAGAGCCCGAAAGUCUGAGAAGGGAGGAAGAGGUAGACUGCCUUGUGUUACAGCUCCAUCGUGUGGGGGAGCAGUUGGAGAAAAUGAAUGCCCAGCGCAUGGAUGAGCUCUUCUCUUUACUGAGAGACAGAUUUCUCCUGCAGGGAGACCUUAGUUCAAUGGCUCAGCUCUUGUUGCUUGAGAUGAUUGAAUUUCGGGCAGCUGGCUGGAAAAUGACAGACGCCGCUCACAAAUAUUACUACAGCGAAGUGUCAGAGUGACUCCAACGUAGGAUGGAUUUUCAUCUAAUAGUGGUCACGAUCCACGAGAGCCAUAAUUUAUAGGAUAUUUGAUGCCUUAACUGGAGAGGAUAAGCAGCCUGAGAUAUCCUUGCAACUACAACCACCAUUCAUCUCCUCCCACUGGAAGUCCUCUGUUAAUUUCCUGCCGCCUUAGGAGAUGGUGGAACUUUAUGGAGCUCUGCAAGAUUGUUUUAUUUAUUUAUGUUUACUUUACAAUCUCACUUCUUCCCAGUUCCCAUGAAAGUGCCCUUUGGAGCAGAUGGUGGAACAGCUGUGGUGCUUCCAAAAUGCCUUGUCCAGCUCAACAUAGAACCAAUGGAUGUCGACCAUCUUGGCCUCAGGAUAACACCUUUACCACCCACCCUCCAUAUGACUGGUAUAACCUUUCUCAAGUUUCUUAGGACAUGGUCUCUACUAGAUCUUGUGGCUGACAUGAAGGUGGUGUACUUGCAAAGAUUUCUGAGAUUGUUUUGCCUCUCCAUUAGAAAGAUUGAAUAUCCCAUAAGUAAUGGCUCCAGUGGAGUGUGAUCACACCGAAAACAAUGAAUUGAUCAGAACGCUCUAUUUGGGUUUUAAAUCAAAGGUAAAGGAAUUUAUUCUACUUUUUUGCUGCCAGAAGAGUUUGGAAUACUUUGCACCUUUUUUCAAAAAUUACUUUAUUCAAGCACAUUUUAAAGACAUUGUAAAAGACAAGACUUUGCUCUGAACCUGGACGAUAAUCAGAAUGACAGCGCAAGGAUUUUUUUAAAUUUACAGCCGAUUUUAUAAAGCAGCAACCGAUUGUGGAUUUCGGUAUAAUAAUAAACAAUUAUUCUACAAAAGUAAACAUUUUAAGCCCACAGGUACAAGAGAACUGAAGUGUCAUGUUUAGGGCAGCACUACCCGAAUGGAUUGAUAUGGGUAACCUGCAGCCCAAAAGGGUUGUUGAUUGGACGAAAUUUGCCAAGAGCUCAUUCAGUCCUUUAAAAUCAAAAUUAGAUUUUUUUUUAUUUUUUUUUAAAUAUCUUCGUAAAGGGAAUCAAGUUUAUAUGAAGAAAAAAAAAAAAGAGACAGAAACCCGUUUCAGAUGGCAUUAAGCUUCAUGUUCUGCCUCGGUGGCUAGCUAAUAAUAUAGAGAUUAAAUAUUUAGCUGAGAACAGUUCUGCAUUGUAUCUUUCCAAAUCUCUUCAUCUUAUAAUUACAUUUUUAUUAACACACUUAUAAUUCCUGCUGAAUUGUUUAAAGGUUUUUAGUGUGGUAGUGGUGCUGGUGGUAAUGUUAUAGUUUUAUGCUCAUCGUCAAAUUGUUGCUUCACCGAUGGAACCAUUGUAAUCCAUGGUGAAAUUUGCUUUAGUUUUACAACCUCAUCUAGCUUAUAGACAUAGCUGAGUGCACUGGUUGAGAAUAUAAAUUUGCAACGCUGAAGGCUACCAACUGGCAUUACUAUAGAAGUAUCGGCAUUUUACGCUAUGCCUCUGCUUGAACAAAAUAUCCACUAGAAUUGCAGCUGCUUGCCUCUGAGCGAAGUGAAAUCCAACAGAUAGGGUUUAUGGUUUUUGGAAUGUCUCUACUAGAAGAAUUAUGUGUCUUGCAGGUAGAGUUGUUAUAGGUGAGGUCUGAGAGUAUCGGGCCUUUUUGCAACUGGACUGCAUGGUGCUGAAAUAAUGAAAUCUUCCUGUAGUAACAACUGAGUUACAUUUUAAAACUCACAAAUUGCUGAUAUUUUACAAUAAGUUAUGAAUAUGCCAGCGAACUGGUCUAGAUUAGUGUUCUCAGCAAUCAACUUUGAUGGUGCUCUGAUAUUCAACCGAGUCUGCAAUGUAAAGCAAUCUUCCACAAAUAUAUAGACUUGUUUCCCUUGGAGGGGAUGGAGCCCCUUCAAGUAUACCAUCUGGAUGGAUUUUUGUGAACGGGAUAAUGGUUUCAGUGUAACGAGAUUAAUCCGGAUUAACUGCAAUCUGCCAUCAACAAAGUGUAGAAUUCUGAUUUUGUUUUUUCCUUCUGUAAAAAUUUGUUUAGAGAGGUGAAUGAAAACAGAAUACACUCUGACCUUAAUUAUUACUUGUUUACACCAAAACAUAUCCAGUUUUAUUCCCAAAAUAACCAAAAACUGCAAAUUGCACUCUGCUCAAUAUAAUUAAUUGCCAAAUGGAAUUUGGAGGUACAAAAUGCCAAAGUGGCAGAGUUAAAAUAUGCCCAUCCAACUCAGGAAUGUGAAUCAACAACUCUACCAUUCAUUGCCAGGAGUACACAAUAUAUUGUUCGUUCUUUAAGCAUUCAAAAUGAAUUGGGCUUUACUUCUACAAUUGAACAGUUCUACAAAAACAAAAAUUUAAAAAAAUUUGGAGCUGGAAUCCAGACUUGAGACUUGUUUUCCCCCACAGGCAAAAAACAAAAACAGUCUUACUAAAAAAUGCAGACUUACAGAAAUGCAAAAAAAAUAAAAAAUGGUUAUACACUCCAUCAUUAAAAUCUGUUUCAGAAUCUAGAGCCUCCGAACGAUCCAAGCUUUGCGCAAUACCUGGGUCUUUGGUGCUGGCUGCGCUUAGCUCUCAGGAUCUUUUAGUUUCUCUUCCUAAAGAGAGGAACCGUUUUGUAUCUAGUUUGGAUUUUUGUGCUGCGUGAGCUGAAACAUCAAGGUCAUUUUAUGAGAAUUCAUUUUUUUAUUAUUAUAUAUAAUAAAACUGUUGCUCAGACUUCCUCUGUAGCGACAAGGAUAUUAAUAAUUUACAACUGCCAAUUCUAAACCGGAGAGCGACAACAAGGAUAUUUUGACAUUAAGACUGUUUUAUAUUUUGUAUUUUAAGACUUCCCACUUUUCAUGGCCUGUUUCUCUACUUUUCUUUUUAAAAGUUCUACUCAUCAUUUGUAAUUUUAAGCAAUAUAGACCUGGGAGACCAAUUGUGACAUUUUAAUAAGGGUUUAAUAAAUUUUGAAAAAUC